AUGGAGUCAGAUGUCUUCCAUCAUGUGAAAAGGUGCCAAACUUGUCAGAAACAUAGAAACUUGAUCCAUGCACCGGCUGUAGAUCUACAUAGCAUUCGAACAUCAUGGCCAUUUCAUACCUGGGCUUUUGACCUUAUAAAUGGAUAUAAACGGAUCCUUGCAGCCACGGAGCUGAGCACAAAAUGGGUCAAGGCAAUCCCUUUGAAGAAUACUACUGGGCCCGCAGUUGCAAACUUUAUCAAGGAAAUUAUUAUUUACAGGUUCGGAGUACCCCACACCAUCCUUUGGAACAAUGGCACGCCCUUCAUAAACAAGCAUGUGAAGAGUCUCCUAGAGACUUACCAACUGAUAGUAGCCCUAUGGGCAUAUCGCACCUCAAAGAAGAAUCCAACUCAAGCAACUUCUUACUCCCUUGUGUAUGGGUCUAAGGUAAUGUUACCUAUAGAGUUGGAGACACCAUCUACACGGAUGGCUCUCGCCUCGGGAAUGGUACUUGAGCCUCGAACCACCAAACUAGAGGCAUUAAAAGAAAAUCAAGAUAGAGCCACAAAAGUCAUGGAAAUGUAUCAUGAGUCCAUCUCCCGAGCCUAUAAUCAGACUAUGGUGCCAAGAAAGUUCGAAGAGGGUGAUCUAAUAUGGAAGAUUGUAGGCCCAAUCAUGCAAGGACAACCCCUACCCAAGUUUUCUCCAAAAGGGAAAGGGACCUACAAGGUGGUUCAAGCAAGCUCAAGUGGGUAUUACAGGCUCAUAAGGGCUGAAGAUGGCUUCCGAACAGGCCCGUUCAAUGCAAAGUUCAUCAGGCGUUACUAUCCAUAA